CAGUGCCAGAUCAGAUCCUUCAAGUUUGCUCCAAGACUUUGGGCAAAAGUCUGUGCCAGACCAUAGCCGCCAUGUUCUAUUGGAACCAGUGGUGCGACCACGCGCAUCAUGCGAUGAUGAUCAGCCUUCUUUGUUACAUUGAUAGGAUCGAAAAAUGGAAUCAGGUUCGAUCAGUCCUGCAGAUCCAUCAUUCUUUCAGAUCUGUCGCUGACUGCUUCCAGCGGAUCAGAGAGUUGUGGAUGCAGAGAGGCACAGAAUCUGUGCCUGUACAGCUGCACAGGUUGGAACUUGUGUUCCUGCAGGCGGCUAUCUCUGUGGAACUCAUCCUGGCAAUGUCAGGCAACGACUUUGUCCAGAACACCAGAAAGCAUUUCAAAGAUGGCUAUUUUGCAUAUGAUCAGUGGGAACAAUGCAAUGUCCAUCUUCUCCAUCUUCCCUUUUAUCCAGUGCCUUGUUCACCCCAAGCACUUCCCCGCGUGGUGAUUGGAGAACACAAAGCUGCCUACGUUGCUUUGGAGAAGAGCUUGGGAGGCCUUGGUGACUUCGCUGACACGUUUGCUGUAUUUGAACUUCGGGUUUGGGUCCAGGAGCAGUUCAAUGCUUUCAGGAAUUUGGAGAUCUCUGAGAAUGAACGUGAACAGUACCAGAGACGUAGCAAGAGGCAGCGGCAAGGUUCUUCAACAAUUCAGUUUGGUGAGAAUGUGGACAGCAGCUCUGUGGUUGUGCCUUCCACUGCCCCAAUAGCUGACAGUGAGCCAACAGUUGGCCCUCCUUCUUCACCUUGGCUUAUGUCUGAAGACGAAGACGAUACCGCCGCCACUGUCACUGCUGACAACUCCUAAGUCUCAUCGGAUCUGUAAUGUUUUGUGUGUGGCGUGCAUCUUGCACGACAAUUUAGGGUCACUCACAUGGGGCAACAAAUGCCUCAUGUCUUAUAGGGUAUAGGGGACACACGUGCCAGCACGAAGCAAUGAUGCUGUGUUGCUGCUGCGUGUGUAGGUUUGAUAAUUCCAUCACAUCAUUGUUCCGAG